AUGAAACUGCACUGGGGCUCAUCGUGUUUCUUCCGCAGAUCCGGUGCAGCGGCGGGAAAAUUUCCUCCGGGCGAGCUCUUCCCGCCCGCGCCCAGACCCUCGCUCCCGCCAUUCUCCCCGCCGCCGCCGCCGUUCCCUUCGGUUCCUGCGGGAGCGCCGCCGCCGCCGCCGUUCACUUCGGGUCCUGCUGGGCAACCGCCGCCAGCACCUCUUGCUGCAGGAUGGCAAGCCGUACCUGGUGGGAGUGGUGCGAUUCAUUCCCCUAAAGCAAACCAAUGCUCAAAUCCCUGGGGAGGUUAUGUUAAUUUCUUCCAGCAACCACCAUUUUCUGCACCGGACCAAAAUUUCCAUUUUGUUGGGCUUACUCAUUACUUUGCACAAAUCUCUCCGUCACCACCACCACCACCAUCGGCACAAGGACAAUCCUCACAUCAAGUCCCCAUUGACAUUGAUGGCGAAAACACUGUCGAGACAAGUAGGACAGCAAAGAGAAGGCAUUGGUCACAUGAAGAGGAAGUUCGAUUGGCGAGUGCUUGGCUGAACAACUCUAAUGACCCAAUAAGAGGGAAUGACAAGAAAGGCGAUACAUUUUGGAAGGAUAUCACUUCAGAGUCCAACAAGAACGCAGCAGCAGGUCGUGAAAGGGACACUAACCAACUGAAGAUUCAUUGGUCACGCUUGAAGACAGUUAUCGCCGACUUCAAUGGAUGUUAUACUAAGGUGACUAGAGUGAAUAAAAGUGGGGCAUCUGAUGAUCAGUUGAUGGAUGAGGCACUUGCACUGUAUACAGAACAGUAUAAGAAGUCUUUCACUUUGUUCCAUACAUGUUGAUGAUGACUUAGGGACUAAGCGUCCAAUUGGGAGGGAUGCAGCCAAGGAAAGCGCAAGACGUAAUGGCAAGCGGAAGACUGAAGAGAUUAUUGAAGGUUUUGCAAUCUUAGGAGGUAAUAUAGAUAAGAUAGUUGCAGUAACGCAAGAGCGCAAGCAGGCGCGUGAGAAGACCACAGAGGCACAUCUUGAAAUCUCAAGAAAUAGACUCAAGUCAGCACAAGAUGAAAAGGAAGCAAAACUGCGGCAAGUCUAUGAUUCAUUGCUUCAGCAAGACACAAGUCAGAUGACAGAAGAAUCAAAGGCUAGAAGAGAUAAGACAUUGGCGGCGAUUGAGAAGAAGCUAUUCAGUAACAAUGAUGAAGUGUGAUGCGCUUUUGUUUUAUUCUUGAGCAAUCUGACAUGCUACUUCUUUCUGUUAUCUAUCAUGCUGAUUGUGAGCAUGCUAUUUCUUUCUGUUCUGCCAUACUAUUUGUGAGCAUGCUAUGGAACUCAGCUAUGGAACAAAAUAUGUCCCUUGUUAUCUUUCUUUUGCCCUGAUUUGGAACACUGCAGGCAGUCAAGUGCAUCCUUGAGUUUGGGUUACUAUCUAUGUAAUAUAUUUUAUAUAUGUGA